UGUAAAGUUUGUGGUGAUUUUGCCAGUGGGAAUUAUUUUGGCGCGCUAGUCUGCAUUCCAUGCAAGACGUUCUACCUGCGAUACUCUCACGGACGUUUCACGUUCGAAUGCAAGGGUAAUCAGAACUGCGAAAUUACGGUGACCACGAGAAUACAGUGCAAGUAUUGCAGAUUUAUGAAGUGCAAAGCAGUCGGCAUG